UGUUACAUGUCCUAUUGUCCUAUCAAAUUAUCAGUAGCUAUCAAGCGUGCUACGAAAUACGGAGAAAUAAUAUGAAUGCGUAGUUUUGUUUUACUUCAAAAUUUUGUGUAAACGUUUGGUCAGUAGUACUUAUUCGGCUAUCGUUGUUUGGAACUGAAAUUUGGAACGUUCGACAUAUCAUCUAUCGAGUUCCAGGUUACUGAUUGAUGCAAAAAAAGCUAGCAUAUUCAAAACGAAUAACUCCAUCGUUCAUCGAGUCAGUAUUUCUAUGAAUUCAAAUUUGUCAGUUUCUUGCGAUCGGUUUAAUAAUUCAGUAUGUCAUCGAAUCAUUGUGGCGCAGAUUGCGCCUUGGCCGAAAAAAGCUGCAACACUCAAGUGCAGGUCCAUGAAGUGAGUUAUGUUUGGACGAUUCAUAAUUUCGAUUUUCUCGAAGCAGCAGGAAGUGUUGUUUGUUCACCGACAUUCUCAGCUGACUCAAAUAAGGAUGUUAUUUGGGAGCUGAGACUUUAUCCGAAUGGUGAGACAGACGCGAAUGAUGCGGUUUCUCUUUACUUGACCUGUCGGAGUCAUGUAUUUGAAAAGAUGUACGUAAAAUACUGUUUUUACGUAGUAGAUUCUGAACAAAAUAAAAGGUCCAGGUAUGGGAAGGGAACAAUAAACGAAUUUAAUUGUGCAAAAGGAAAGCAUCUCAAGCGGACUUCAACUGGUUCUAAUAGUCGGGGUUACAAAGAAUUCAUGAAGAAAAGCGGCGAUGCAUGGGAUGCAUGGUGGAGCAACUUGCUAGUCGAUAAUAAAUUGACAGUGAUGUGCGAAGUUCAUUUUUCCAGCGUAUGCGAUUCUAUCGAUAGGACCAUCCAUCAGUGCGAUAAGACGUCUCUAUAUCCAAAUGCUGCUCGUUUCGAUAUUUUUGAUAACUUUAAAAAGUUAUUGGAAGAUGACGAUCGGUUCGCUGAUGUAGUGCUUAUAGUCGGUAGUCGAGAGUAUCGAGCCCAUCGGAAUAUUUUAGCAUCUCGCAGUCCAGUGUUAGCUGCCCGACUUCAUCACGAGUUGGAAGAAAAUGGACAAAAUCGAAUCAAUAUCAAAGAUAUGAACGCAGAAAUCAUGGACGAGUUUUUGAGAUAUAUUUAUACGGGUAGAUGCGAAAAUUUGGAGAACGUUGCAGAAAGUUUGUUGGCAGCUGCUGAUAAAUAUCAGCUGAGUGGAUUGAAAAUGAUAUGUGCGGAGAAAGUGUAUAAGACCUUGUCGGUAGAGAACGCAACAAAAAUGCUGAUGUUGGCAGAUAAUCAUGGUAUAAGCGAAUUGAAAAAUGAAGUGAUUAAGUUUAUCAUUUCUAAACCUGUUGAAGUGUUGAAUACAGUAGGUUGGAGAAAUAUUCAAUCCGAUUUCCGAUUAGUCAGCGAUGUGUGCUUAGCUUUAGCCCAACGAUGACCGUCAAACGACUGACUGAAUUUGUAGGUACCUCCUUAAUUAUCGACUGUUACUUAUAUUUUUUUGAGUCGUAAGACAACAAGUGCAUAUUGAUCCAAUGCGAAGAAGUUUCGUUCUUUUUUUGUUUCUAUCUUUUUAAAAUUUCGUUUGUAUCAUUUAUUAUGCAUACUUACUUAGUAAUUUUUAUAAUUUUUAUUUUCGAUUUCGUUUAUUGCUCAUUAUCUCUAAUUUACCUACCUAUUGGCUCUAUUUUUUGUACUCGCAUACUUAUGUAAUACAUAA